AUGGAUGACGAUCCGUUUCGGCAGCGCGGCGGUGGCAUGUUAAGAUUAUCCGAAGGACGUCAGGCGCAAAUGCAUGCAGCUGAUAUUGAAGCCGGCAUUCGUGAUCAGUUCAAGAAGGAAAGCUUUCUGAGAGACGAACAUGAGGAAAUGAAGAAGUAUGUUCAAGCGGAGUUACGAAAAAGAAAAGCAGAACAGGAUUUGGAGAAAGAGGAUCCUACCACGCCAAAAGUGCUAAGUGUAGAAGACACGUUAAUGUGGAAGGCAGCAGAGAAGGUGCGCUUGUUCCGAAGUGAACGAAAUGAUGAACUUCUGUCAAAUCAAAUGCUUGCUGGUAUUCCCGAAGUCGACUUAGGCAUCAACGCAAGAAUGAGUAAUAUAAUUGAGACGGAGAAAAAGAAAAGCGAAAUGCUGAAGGAGGUCAUCGAAAAAAGGCGGAACCUUGCUGAAGACAGUUUGUUCAGCCAGGAUCGGGCCAAGAAUUUGGCCAAAAAUUAUGUACAGCAUUCAAUAUGUAAGUAUUUUAUUUUUGCUUGGGAAUCUUUUACUACUCUUCGUAUAUCAUCACUUUGUCGGCAAAUGAUUUAA